AUGUUCGGCGGCCAGCAGCAGCAGCAGCAGCAGCCCCAGAACGUCCCUAGCGACCCUUCGCAGUACCAGCAAAGAUAUGAUGGAUCCUACUGCGAAAACUACCUCUGCCCCGAUACCCUCGCCUGUGUCCACUUCCCCCAUCACUGCCCUUGCCCUUGGCCCGCGAACCAAGACAAGUUCGAGCUCACUGAGGGCAGUAGCCGAAUCUGCGUUUCGAAAGGCGGCUUUGCUUCCGGUGAGGCUGCAAGGAAGGUUGAACUGGCUCGCAAGGGCCUGUUGUAG